AUGAAAACCAAAGACCCUUCCCACAUUAAAGCCAAAGACCCAUCCCACACCAUGAAAACCAAAGACCCUUCCCACAUUAACGCCAAAGACCCAUCCCACACCAUGAAAACCAAAGACCCUUCCCACAUUAAAGCCAAAGACCCAUCCCACACCAUGAAAACCAAAGACCCUUCCCACAUUAAAGCCAAAGACCCAUCCCACAUUAAAACCAAAGACCCUUCCCACAUUAAAGCCAAAGACCCUUCCCAAAUUAAACCUAAAGACCUUUCCCACAUUAAAGCCAAAGACCCAUACCUCACAUCAUAUAGAGCCCAUUGUUUCAUGCAUGGUACAUUCCUGCCUUUCCCACUAAAGAUGGUCCACAACCGAGGUUCUGUCCCUACUCCUAAGGUGGUGUCUCCUCCAGCCUUCAGUAUUCCUCCCCUCCCAUCAAAUCCCAAACCUCCAGUACCACAUCCCCUCCAGAUCUACCAGGUGGGCAUUCUCGAGAACUUAAAUCCAUAA